UGAUAUGGAAAAUGGGCAAAGAUCAAAUAUAAAUCCAACAGUUGAAAUAGGAAGAGACAAUUUCAUCAUCAGUUUUAUAUGACUUUGAUUGAUGAAAAAGUGUUCAGCGUUGUUGCAGAAUCCUCACUCAAACAUGCGGACUUACAAGGCUGCGAUGAAACUUAUGAACGAUUUAAAUUUCAUAAAAAAUCUUGCACCUAACGAAAAUUCGUAUGGAUUUAGGUUAUCAACUCGACGACGCGCUCGGAUUUGGCGUUUUGAGGGCAGCCUACAUAUCGCUUGUUCAUACAUAUAAUCCCAAUUAAAAAAUUGACGUUUCAGAUAAGAAUGUAGACAAAACAAAAGCUGGUCUGGGAACUAAAUGGGACUACACAAGAAUGUCUAAAGGCGAGCAAAAUCAAUUGUAGAUUUUGGGGUCAACAAAACCCUUCUACUACGUAAACAACGGCGAUUGCUUCAAAAGCAAUGACUAAGACGUCUAAUAAAAUGUCUGGUAUUACUAACAUCAACAACAACAAUAAUAAUAAUAAUAACAAUAAUAUAAACAAACUGAGUGAAAAGUUUUUAAGUGCAAAUACAACAAAAAAUAUAGAAGCGUGUAACACGUUGUCAUCUGGUGUCAACACCAACACCACAACCAACAACAACAGCAGCAACGCCAUCUCCCUUAAUAACCCGAAAUCGAAUAGCAACGACUGCGACAAAAUAACACAACAGCAAUUUUCUGCUACGAUUUCAAGUAAAUUACAAGCCCCACAAUCACGUCGCUCGCUUCCAGCUCCCAGCACAACGCAAGCCUUGGCGCAACGCUCACUCCAACAGCAACACCAGAAUCAACAGCACAAUCAGCAGCAACAGCAAAGCGUGACGACAAACUCAUCGGCAUUGCCUUCAGUCAACACAAUUACAAAAUACUCUAGCGGCGCCACAUUACCUUCGCACCAACUCCAGACCAUCGCCACCGUACACCAUCAUCACUCGCAACAGCAGAUAGCAGAGCCAACAAGUGCUUCGUCAGCAGGCGCACAACAACCACAACAGCAACAACACCCAACACCCUCGAAUAACUUAAAGGAUCACCCGCACUCACGUCAUCAUCACCACCACCAGUCAACAUCUAAGCAUUUAAGUGGCGAAAGUGAACGCGCGAUUACAACAGCUGCUACGUCCGUUAAUUCCGCCACGUUACAACAACAGCGAAACGCAUACAAUCUGCAGGCGCUUAAAGCCGCCAAUCAUCUAAAGGCGCCAGCACAUUCCAUACCACCACGCUAUCAGCCGCCACCCCAACCGAGCAACCAGGCUGGCAUAUUGAAGCAUAUAAAUACGUUGCGCGGCGGUGUUGCUGAGAGUGGAGAAACGCUAAGUCAACGCCCAUCUACAGGCGGUAGUAAGCAUCACACCACGUCAAAUUUUGAUACAACGCAUUUCAAUCUUAAAUAUCCACCGGAUAUACCACAAUUGUCGCCUGUCAACAUACCGGAUUCAUUGAAAUUACCCGGUGGCAGCGGUCGCUAUUUGCAAUCGCAUCAAACACUUUCACAAAGGCAACCCACACGACUUUCGGGCAGUGCCACAAAUCCGCAAUAUUUUUACAAUUCCCAACAACAACAACAAUAUAGACAGCAACAAGUGGAACAACAACAGCAUCCACAAGAUAUGCUUAAAUUUGUGCGAAAAACUGAUCAGGAUCAUCCAUCGCCGAAUGCUUCGAUCACAUCUAGUGCUGCUGCAGUGCCUACUGGCACUCGCCUCACUGCCGAGCAAAAUCGACAAUUACAGGGUCUUAUUAACGAGCUCCGAGUCUUGAAGGAACAAAAUCAACGUUUACUCGAUGACAAUCAGGAAUUGCGAGACUUAUGUUGCUUUCUCGAUGACGAUCGUCAGAAAGGUAGAAAGCUCGCGCGCGAAUGGCAACGUUUCGGCAGAUAUACAGCCAGUGUGAUGAGGCAGGAGGUGGCGGCCUAUCAGCACAAAUUACGCCAACUCGAUGAUAAACAACAAGAGUUGAUUACCGAUAAUCUGGAGCUGAAGGAAUUGUGUCUGUACUUGGAUGAAGAGCGUACACAUAUUGCCGCGAAUGCACUUUGUGCCAAUUGUGGCACCUCGGUGCGCAAUCCGCUACGUGAUGAUGGCGAUGGCAGCAGUUCCAGCACAAAUGCAGAGGAAACACUUUCAGCGUUGAGAAAUUAUGAGCGUCAAAUGCCGGAUGCCACAUUACGCACAACGCUUAGUGAUCAAACCGUCCAGUAUGUACGCUCUUUGGAACGGCGUAUAAGGCAAUUGGAAGAGGAACGUGUUGGUGCUACGACACCGACAGCUAAUAUUCUAGUUUCACAGCACUCCCAACCUCAAGCGCAAACGCAAACUCAACCCCAGCAGCAGCAAACACAACAGCAACAGCAAAUACAGCAGCAGCAGCAGCAACAAUCUGCACAAAAUCCGCUUAACGAUCCAAUAUCGAGUAGACCCGAAGCUGUCGUACGUGCACUGCAAGUACUCGAAGUACGUGAACAAUUGGAGCGAGAUCGUCUCAGUGGUCUCAUUGAGAAUUCAAGAGAUCAAAUGGAUGACGGUGAGAAGGCUUUGGUGCGAGAAAUGUGUAAUGUGGUGUGGCGUAAAUUGGAAAGUAAUGUUCCAAACGUCUCUAGUAGUAUGUAGUAGUGUUGUAGAAGAAACAAAAAAAAAAAACAAAAUAUUGCCAACAACAAUCAUUAAAUGAUUUACUAAUUUAGACGUUUAACUGCAUAUGAAUACAUAUACAUAUAUACAUAUUUUAUUUCAAGCGAAUGAGUAGUUUGAGAGCAUUUUUACAUCACAGCCUCUUAUAUUUAUACAUACCCACAUACAUAUGUAUUUAUAAGAAAUAAUAAAGCGUGUUUUAAGCAAAAAACAAAAAAAAACUAAUGAAUUCGUAUAUUAAAAAUGAAGUUUAAAGAAUUAUCGAGUUAUUUUAAUCAGGGACCUGCACUUGCGUUACCACAUACAAACAUCAUUUUCUACGUCGUUCAAGUCACGCUGAUUGAGGAAACAAAUUCGCAAAAUGUACUACGAUACACAGAAGACCAGUGAUUUGUGCGGAA